AUGGGAGAUUACAUUAAAGCCUUAAUUGAAACCUAAGUCAUAGGAGCGUUUAGAGUUGCAUUAACAAUGCCUUUAGAACAUGUUUUGGACAGAAUCAAGACGUAUAAGCAAUCCAAAUAAGGAAUAACUUAUAUAUAAAGUUACUUGGACAUCAAAGGAGCAAGAGGAUUGAUUGGUUUUUACGACGGCUUUUACCCUAGCUUUCUUAGAAACAUGGUUAAACAAUACUACAGAUGGCCUAUGAUGAUUUUCAUUCCUUCCAUGUUGAAUGAUCACAUCCACAACCAAUCAAUAAACAAAAUAAUCACAGGAGCAAGCAUUGGCCUAUUUGAAAGUUGCAUUAUUACACCCUUCGAAAGAUUGAAAACAUUGAAGAUGACCUCCAUGGCUACAGGCUUUGGCUAUCUUAAAUAUAUAACAUUGCAAUCUAUUUAUGUAGGAUUUAGAAUUCAAACAACAAGACAAGUAGUCUCAUGGACAAACUAUUUGUAUUGGGAUCACAAAGUCCGUUAUGCAUUAAAAGCAGAUCCUGGACAACCUCUCUCAAUAGUUAAUUCAUUGAUUGCUUCAACCUUGAGUAGCAUUCUGAACAUCUUAGCAGUGCAUCCCUUCGAUACAAUCAAAACACUCGUUUAAAUGGAAGAAAACCAAAACUAUAGAAAAAUUUCUUUGUAUUAGUCUUUUAGGAUUGUGUAUCAAAAUUACGGUCUUGCUGGUUUAUAUGCAGGAUGGCAAGCUAGAAUUAUAGCUUACUUUUGCCAAGCUCUUCUUACAACUCCCACUAUAGAUUACCUGGAAAGGAAUUAUGGUAUAUCUAAAACUAAAAAAUAAUAAUGAUGAGAUUAUUCUCAAAUCAAUUUCUAUAUGUGGGUUGUAUGAUUAAAUUAAAUACUCAAAUUAUCUACCU